GCCGAUAUCAACGCUCUCCGCGAGCGAAGCGCUUCAGUGCGCUUGAUGCAAUCGAAAGCGUAGUGCUCGAUCCGCAAACAAUCGACUAUCGGUCCGUGACGGUGCAAACGGCCUACUUGGUCGUUGAAGUGCUGCUUAACGUCAAUUUGAAUUUUUUGGCGGGAACCCUGAAGGUGCAUGGGGAGGACUGUGGUGUGCAAGAAUAGGACCAAGGAUAUUAUGUGCGUCAACCAUUAUACGAUGGUGCCGGCCGUCGUGGAACUCGUCGCCAAUAAGGGCAGAGACACUUACGCCGGUCUGGUGCAGGAGUUAACAUGCUUCAGAUGCUGGAGUUUUUCGCCUAGUGAAAAGGAUAUUGAGGUAGCUGGUCUAUGGAAGCAUUCGAAAACUGUACGUUCUCCGUCCCCUCACAAUGCCUUCAAACGAUGGCGGAUGAAGUCAAAUCUAAAGGCUGAACAGAAGAACGGAUUGAAUGGUUCUAACGCAACUGUUCAAAGCAAAGAGAACGAGAAGAAUAAUAUGUCACUUAUUAACUUUUUGGCCAUAAACGCUCUGGAACUAUCAGCCCCGGCCAGCGACAUCCUAUUAAAAAGCCGACCCUCACCCCAACAGAUCGGCAACUGGUUCCAGCUCAGUGGUCACCCCGACAGUUUGGCACCCGCCGGUCCCGGAACGGUCUGGAAGAAACGAUCCACCGGUACCGAAGAUGCGGAGAGACGGGUGUACGAGGAAAUGUCAAGGGACCCGCAGCUCAGGGACAUCGUACCUAGGUACUACAGGGAAGUGGAGUACUUGGGAGAGCGUUUUAUCGAACUGCAAGACCUACUACAUGGUUUUCAGGACCCGUACGUGAUAGACAUCAAACUAGGUACCCGGACGUUCCUAGAGUCAGAAGUAACGAACAAGGUGGCCAGACCAGAUCUGUACCAGAAGAUGAUCGCCAUUGACCCUCACGCUCCCACGGAAGAGGAGCACAACCAGCAGGCUGUGACAAAAUUGCGAUACAUGCAGUUUAGGGAGUUGCAAUCAUCCUCGUGUAGUCAGGGUUUUAGGAUAGAAGCGAUGAAGUGCCGUGGCUCGCCGCCAGUGACUGAUCUCAAAAAGCCCUCAUUGAAAUCUGACCAACGCAUCUCCUUGUCGCAGGUGAAAUCCCGCGAGGACGUACUGAACACCUUAGACACCUUCCUCGGUGGUAGAGAGGACGUUCGGCAACGCCUCCUAUCCAGGCUGUGCGAAAUCAGGAGCAAGAUUGAACAGUCGGAGUAUUUCAAGACCGUGGAGGUGAUUGGUAGCAGUCUGUUUAUCAUCUACGACGAUGCCAAAGUUGGAGUAUGGCUAAUCGACUUCGCCAAGACGAACAAGUUGCCGGAAGGCGUGACUGUCAACCAUCGGUCCCCUUGGGUACAAGGAAACCAUGAGGAAGGGCUGCUUUUUGGAUUCGAUAGACUUAUUUCUAUAAUAGAAAGUAUAAAAAAUCAACCUCAGUCGAAUGAGAAAGACCAGUUCACUAAACCUGUGCCAGCCGUCAGCGUGAGAUCUUGAACAACCGUGCUGUCAGUGUUGGAAAAGUCUAUUCCCCUGAUGGGAACGACAAAUAUUUAUAGUCUGACAGAUUGAUGGAAAAUUGAGUGAAGUGCGAAAGGCGAUAUGGCCAAAAUGUAUUCUUUGAAAUGGUAUUUUCAGGAGAAAAUAGACAUUUGCACAGUUUAUGUACUUAUUCCAGUGAAAUACGUCAUUUGUAUUCUCACUUGUAACUGUUUGUAUUUUCACUGUCAAAAAAGUAUGAAUUGCUCUUUAAGCGUAAUCAUUCAUUAACAUGUUAUUCUACCUAAAGUUACCUAACCAUUUACUGUAUUUCGGCGUCCAAAAAAUUAUCCGAGAUAAAAUGAAAUGGCGUCGUCUGUGAGAAUUUGACACAACUAUGUUUCUCCUAAUGCAACAUCUGAAACUUAUCCUCCAUGUCGGUAGCCUCCCAUAUUUUCCUGGCCAAUCGAAAAAAUCUUUAUUGUAAACGUUUCGGUCACAAGGGUGACCUUCAAUUCAAUGACUUUGACAAUAUAUGUCUUUAUCCGACUUCCAGGCGACACUUCAUUUGUUUUUCAUUUUGAUAUUCCUGUUCAAUGUAUUAUUACAAUAGUGUGAAAGGCCUCGUACAUACUGAGAUUGCACGAAGCCAUCAUCCCAUAAACAAUGCAUUUGCAACAAUUUAGUUAAUUGCAUAACACUUCACAGGUGUGUUACGACAACAGCCCUGGGUGGGCUUCGCACAAUCUCAUCUUGCUACGGGACUUUUCACGCUAUUGUAAUAACACACGGUAUAGGAAUGUGAAAAUAAAAAAAUGAAGAGUCGUUAGAAGACAGACAAAUAAAGUAUAUUGUCAGUCAUUGUAGUGAAGAAGGUAACUGUUCUGACUGAAAUGUUUACAAUAAAGAAAAUUUUGUCAACACAUGUGGCCAGAGAAAUAUGGGAGAUUAUAUUUUUUUCCUCUGCUCUAAUUCGAAGUCUGCUUUGAAAAGGUGAAUAGUUGUGACAAAUUCUCAAACAUGACGCUACGGUAUCUCAUUUCAUCUUGGAUAAUUUUUUGGUCCAUGGUGGCUAUCUUCACUUAGAAUGCGGUAAUCAAUGGUGUAAUUGGCUUAUCAUCGCACAUAGACGAUAUUUGAUAUUCAAAAUUUUCUCAAUGAUGAAAAUGUAUACGUAUUGGUUGAUUUUCUUAUAGAAGUUAAUCAUGAAUUGUUUGAAAUGUGAAUUACCUUAGCACUGCUCAAACAGUUAUGAAUUAUAUUCAAUUGAUGAAAUUCAUCAAUUUCUACAGUGAUUUUAAUACUGACUUUUGUGUAUAAAAUUAUUUCUGAUAAUUGACUGUGUAUCAAAAUAAAUGAGUUUGUGGUUGUUUACUUGUAUGUUAAAUUAGACUGCCAUAUUUGCCUUAUAUGUAUCCAAAAUUUGACAUUGACUUUUUUUAAUUAAGUACUUUACAGAAAAUGACAACCAUAAACUUCAUAUAAUUCUUGUGAAAUCCCCGAACUUGUCCUGAAAAUGUAUCCCUAAGUUUUUCUAAUUAACAAAGUAUUAUUGAUUUGAGUGAUUCUAUGUGUAUAUAACUUAUUAUUGUUGUCUAGUCACUUGUUUAGGUAUUAUUUAUAUUAUGAUUUAGAAUCAUUGUUAAGAGAGUUACCACCCAAUGCAAUGUUGUAUAUACGUGUAAAUAAUUUUGUACCUUUAAAUUAUGUUUCAUUUUUGAAUUAUUUAAGUACUUAUGACAAAAUAUAUUUCCAUGUGUGAAUUUA